AUGAAAAAAAAAUUGUUCCAAUCUAAGGUUAAAGUCCCAAAAAAAGAAUUUUACUCCCCCCCAUCCUUGAUCGAACGACUCGCCAUCGUUCGAUCAAGGAUGGGGGUUAAAAAAAAAUUUUUUGGGAAAAAAAAUUUAUAUAUAAAAAUAAAAUAUUUUUUUAUUUUACUUUUAAAUAAGAGGGUUAAAGUAUUUAAUAAUUAUUUUUACAGCAAAAAAUUGAAUUAUUUUCAUAAAAUACCAAUUUUUAAUAUUUGAUUUAUUAGUUACCCUUUUAAACUGUAUAAAUUUAAUUUGUUCCUUAUUGAAUUAAAUUUUUUUUUUUUAAAAUUUUAA